UGAGGCGCAUGCGCAUAGCGCAAACGUCGCGGCCGCUCAGUACGCCAUUGGCACGUUACACGGACGUUAGCAUUUUAGCAUUUAGCAUCGCUCAGGCUCGUCAGUGUGCUCGCCACAAGACAUCAAAAUGUUGAAAGAGUUGGUAAAAGAGCGACUAGUGGCGGCAGCUGAUGAAAUAUUCGCGCUGUUUGAGAGAACGAUAACGUCGUACGAGGAGGAACUUUCUCGAACGAGAGAGGAGAAGGAGCGACAUCGACAACAACUAGAAGCUGUCUGCAAAACUCAAGUUGUGCUACGCGUUGAAGACAUCCAGCAGUUGAUUGGUCGCUCAGAAGGACAUCCCCCGACGCCACUGGACGGAAGAUCCACUUUGACGCAGGAGGAUCCACAGCCCACCCAACUUAAGGAGGAAAAGAACGAAGGUGGGAUCAGUCAGUCAGGAGAAGAGUGUCUUCUUGGGCCGCAGGAGGCUGAUCUCACCAAGUUGCCUCUGACUGCUGUCUCUCUGAAGACUGAAGACCAUGAAGACAAACCACAAGUUGACCACCUCUUAGCUCCUCUAUCAGAUAGCGAGGAUGUAACAUCACACUCUGCUGAGGAUGAAGACGUGGACCACACCCAAUUACGUUUGAGCAGCGAUACAGACGGUGAGGGUGACACCAGGACUCACACUGCAAACCAACACCCUGAAUGCCCUGAAAAGAACACGGAAAAAAAAGGUUUUACCUGCUCGUUUGGUGCCAAAAGUGUUUGUAAUAAAAAGGAUUCUGCUACACACACAGGUAAAAAAACUUCCAGAUGCUCCGUUUGCGGCAGUAGUUUUUCUCGAAAGUCCACUUUGACUGUACACAUGAGAAUGCACACAGGAGAAAAACCUUUUCAUUGUUCAGUUUGUGGCGACACAUUUUCUCAGAGGAGCUCUUUGACUGGGCACAUGAGAGUACACUCAAGCGAGAAACCUUUUAAUUGUACAAUUUGUGAUGAAAAGUUUUCCGAGAGUUCCAGCCUGACAUUGCACAUGAGAACGCACACAGUAGAAAAACCUUUUAAUUGUUCAGUUUGUGGCGACACAUUUUCUCAGAGGAGCUCUUUGACUGCGCACGUAAGAGUACACAUAAGCGAAAAAACUUUUAUUUGUACAAUUUGUGGUGAUAAAUUUUCCCUGAGUUCUAGCCUGAUAUUACACAUGAGAACACACACAGGAGUCAAACCUUAUAAUUGUUCAGUUUGUGGUGACACGUUUUCUCAGAGGGGCUCUUUGACUGCGCACAUGAGAAUACACACAAGUGAGAAACCUUUUAUUUGUACAAUUUGUGGUGUAACAUUUUCCCGGAGUUCUAGCCUGACAUUACACAUGACAAUGCACACAGGAGUAAAACCUUAUAUUUGUUCAGUUUGCGGCUACAAAUUCCCUCGGAAGUCCAGCCUGAAGUUACACAUGACAGAACAUACCGGUAAAAAAACUUUCCUUUGCUCAGUUUGCAACAAACAGUUUUCUCAGAAGUACUCUUUAGCUGUGCACAUGAGAAAGCACACAGGAGAGAAACCUUUUACAUGUUCAGUUUGUGGCGAUAAAUUUUCUCGGCGGGACGGAAUGAAAUUACACAUGAGAAAACACAGAAUAAAAUAAUUUUAGUUGUCCAAUAAGUGAUAAAGGUUAUAAUGAUAAGCAACGUUUGACAGCACACAUGUCGACACACUGCGGAGAAUAAAUGUUUCCCUGUCCAGUUCGUUCUACAAGACUGUCUAGUUGUGGAAGUGGAAUGUCCCACGCGAAAAAUGGAAGUAGUAAUUUUAGUAGUAGUUUAUUUUAGAUUCCCUCAUGAGUUCCGGUUUAGCGUGCCACUAAGAACAGCAGCUAUGUUAUUUUGAAUCAACUCUGAAACAAAAGGAAAUGUUGACUUACAUGAUAAGACAGUCUGAAUGGUUGAGGACAACAGGGAUACAGUUUUUCCUCAAAUCAAAAAGUGUUUGUCAUGUAAUCUGUCUUUAUGAUGCACCAACAUAUACUUCAUCAGUUAAUAAAAUGAGCUGAAAACCACACAUCAAGUACAUACAUUCAUGGCUGUCUUGAGUUUCCAAUAAUUUUUACAACUCUUAUUUUUUUGUGAUAGUGAUUGGAGCACAUACUUGUUGGUCACAUAAAACAUUAAUGAAGUUUGGUUCUUCAAUGAGUUGAUUAUGGGUCUACUUAAAAUGUGACCACAUCUGCUGGAUCAAAAGUAUAAAUACAGCAAUGUUAAUAUUUGGUUACAUGUCUUUUGGCAAGUUUCACUGCAGUUAGGCGCUUUUGGUAGCCAUCCACAAGCUUUUGGUAAAAUUUUUGACUACUCCCCUUGACAAAAGUGGUGCAGUUCAGCUAUAAUUGUAUAUUUAAUCUGACAUGGACAAAGAUAAGACCAUCUGGAGGAAAGUUCUGUGGUCAGAUGAAACAAAAAUAUGGCCGCUUGGCCACAAUACCCAGCAAUAUGUUUAGAGGAGAAAAGAUGAGGCCUUUAACCCCAGGAACACAAGGCCUACCGUCAAUCAUGGUGGUGGUAGUAUCAUGCUCUAGGCCUGUUUUGCUGCCAAUGGAACUGGUGCUUUACAGAGAGUAAAUGGCAAAGUGAAAAAGGAGGCUUUCCUCCAAAUUAUUCAGAACAACCUAAAAUCAUCAUGUUGGGUCUUGGGCGCUGUUGGGUGACCCCAAACACGACAAAAGUGGUAAAGAAAUGGCUAAAUCAGGCUAGAAUGAAGGUUUUAGAAUUGCAUUCCCAAAGUCCUGACUAAAUGUGUGGACAAUGCUGAAGAAACAAGUCCAUGUCAAAAAAACAACACAUUUAGCUGAAUUGCACCAAUUGUGUCAAAACAGUGGUCUAAAAUUCAACCAGAAGCUUGUGGAUGGCUACCAAAAGUGCCUUAUUACAGUGAAACUUGCCAAGGGACAUGUAACCACAUUUCUAUAUGUAUACUUUUGACCCAGCAGAUUUGUUCACAUUUUCAGUAGACCCAAAAUAAAUUCUUAAAAGAACCAAAUUUCAUGAUUGUUUUUUUUGACCAAGUACGUGCUCCAAUCACUCUAUCACAAAAAAAUGAGUUGUACAAAUGAUUGGAAACUCAAGACAGCCGUGACAUUAUGUCCUUCACAAGUGUAUGUAAACUUUUGAUCGCAACAUACAGUUGUGUUCCAAAGUUUACAAACAUACAGUUGUACAAACAUAAAGUGGCAAAGGCUAAAUGACUCCUGGAUCAAAAGUCACUUCAUACAUGUACUGUUCAUUGAUGUUAUUUUAACAAGAUGUGUUCAAAAAUAUUUUUAAGAAUAUUUAAGUCUUUGUCAUGUCCAAAAAAUAACAGUUGGCAAUUUCUUUGGUGUUUGUAAGAUUGCAAAGGACCGAUGAUGUGCUAAAACCUCUUUAUUGUUUAAAGGGGAACAUUAUCACCAGACCUAUGUAAGCGUCAAUAUAUACCUUGAUGUUGCAGAAAAAAGACCAUAUGUUUUUUUAACUGAUUUCCGAACUCUAAAAGAGUGAAUUUGGCGAUUUAAACACCUUUCAAUUGUUCGCUGUCGGAGCGAGGACCUUUCACCCGUGACAUUACAACGGGAAGUAAUCCGCCAUUUUCUCAAACACAUUACGCACACAAGUCAAAUCAGCUUUUAUUUUCCGUUUUUUCGACUGUUUUCCGUACCCUGGAGACAUCAUGGCUCGUCUGUGUGUUGUCGGAGGGUGUAACAACACGAUCAGGGGCGGAUUCAAGUUGAUUUACGUGGAGUGUGCAUCGAUUAGCACGUUAUGCUAAGCGAUGCUAACAUGGCAGAAAUGGCAAGAAUGUGUGGAUACACCGCAACACUCAAAGCAGAUGCAUUUCCAACGAUUAAGUCAACGAAAUCACAAAAGUGAGUUUUGUUGAUGUUAUUGACUUAUGUGCUAAUCAGACAUACUUGGUCACGGCAUGACUGCCGGCUAAUGGAUGCUAGCAUGCUAUUUAGGCUAGCUGUAUGUACAUUUGUAGCUAUAUUUUCAUCCAGCCUUUCCCUCCACCCACAUUUAAUGCCAAACAAACUCUUACCAAUUGACGGAUUAAAGUUGCUCCAGUGUUCAAAAGAUGCAAUCGUUGGUUAGAAGGCGAUCGCCGAAUAGCAUGCCGUGGUAAUCGAUGCACACUCCACGUAAGACAACUUGAAUCCGUCCCUGAUCGUGUUGUUACACCCUCCGACAACACACC